AUGUGGCUGAUGGGCCAGACAGAUGUCACAUUUGAUCCCAUUUCCAAGGUCACAGCAUGGGUGGAGGUCAAAGAUGUCAUUGCAGGGAUUCAUCCUACCACCUGCUUGGUGUCGAUCGUGCUGGCCAAUAAUGAGAUAGGCAUCAUUAUGCCAAUUAAGGAUAUUUGUCAGAGGGUGAGGGAAGUAAACAAACAGAGGGCAGCAUCAGCUCCCAAAAUCCUCCUGCACACCGAUGCAGCACAGGCUAUCGGAAAGAUACGAGUUGAUGCACAUGAGCUGGGAGUAAACUAUAUUACCAUUGUAGGACAAAAGUUGUAUGGCCCUCGAAUUGGCGCUUUGUUUGGGAAUGAUCCUGGAACCACAACCCCGGUUUACCCUCUGUUUUUUGGAGGAGGACAAGAGUGCAACUUCAGACUGGGAACUGAGAAUACAGCAAUGAUAGCCGUUCUGGGAAAGGCUGCAGAAUUGGUAAGUUUAAAUCUAGCAGAGUAUGAAGCCCAUUUCCUGGACAUCCAAUGUUAUCUGGAGCAGAAGCUGCUUGCUGUCUUUGGAAGCGAUAAGAUUCAUUUUAACAGCCAUUUUCCUGGCUCAGACAUUUUUCCCAACACAUGCAAUGUAUCCAUUUUGGGAAGGGGACUUCAAGGGUGUAAAGUGCUGUCCACCUGUAGGGGGUUGUUGGCCAGUGUGGGUGCUGCCUGCCUCUCAGACAGUGGAGACAGACCUUUCCAUAUUCUUCUAAACUGUGGGAUUCCAUAUCAUGUGGCUACCAACGCUUUAAGAAUCAGUGUGGGUAGAAGUACCUUCUGUGAAGAUGUGGACAUUAUUGUGGAGGAUCUGAGAGAGCAACUGGAGCGGGAUGAACUAGCACCAUGGAUAUUGAUUCUGGUGGGGCCACUCCGCUCCAUCUUGCUGCACGGUUUGGGAGGGUGGAAGCUGUCCACUGGCACUCUCAUGGGAAUGAAGCAGAAGUGGAAACAAACUGUGGUGCUCUUCCUGCCCACUAUGCUGCAGCAAAGGGUGACCUCACCUGUUUGA